AUGGCUUACGCUGAAGACUACAGUCCCACUCAGAGACUCAUCCUUGUCGACACUUCUCAUGAUGCUAAUCUGCAUUCAUUCCUCAACCCAGUCUUGGCCGUAUUCUCUGCCCUCACUACUGCUGGCGUCGUAUUUGGUUUCCAAGCACUACGCCCUAUUCUUAUCGAAAAUGGCGUAUACGAUCAUCUAUGUGCCGCUGAUGAGGAAAAGCCAUGUACCGCUCAAAUUCUAAGAUUCAAUCUUAUGUUUGCCAUCGCCUCAACUGGCACAAAUGUCUUUGCACUCCCGAUUGGUCAUUUCUUGGAUUAUUUCGGUCCACGUUUAGCUAUCCUCGUCGGUUCCUUCCUGUUUCUAAUCGGAGGUGUCUUGUUUGGCAUAUCCAGUCCUACUUUUGACUUUUACAUUGUCGGAUAUGCCUUCUUGGCUGUUGGAGGCCCAUUCAUGUACAUUUCGUGUAUGCAUCUGUCACAAGCAUUCCCAGCUCGAGCGGGUCUCAUCAUGGCAGCAUUGACUGGCUCAUUCGAUGCUUCCUCUUUAAUCUACCUCAUCUUUAGUUGGAUAUAUUAUGCACUAGGCUCAACGAUACCCAUUCAACGCUUCUUUAUCUUUUAUUCCAUCGUCCCCAUCGCAAUUGGAAUCACAAUGAACUGUUUAAUGCCAACAACGUCCUUUACUCCACGCCCCUUAACACCGCUGGGUGAUGACGACAAUGUAGAGGAUGAAACGAGACCCCUUAUUGACCGGACAGAGGCUUCUGGUAAAGAUACUACCACGGCUCUAGUCUUCAAACAACUCAGGAGUGCCGAGUUUAUUGGAAUUGCUAGUUUGACUUGCAUUUAUAUGCUCAAGAUGAACUUUUUUAUUGGAAGUUUGGAAGAACAGUUGUUGGAUAAGCCUGGUGCCAUACAAAACCCAAAACUUGUGGAUUCCAUCUUGAAUUUGUUCAAUGUGGCGUUACCUGCUGGGGGUAUACUGGCCAUUCCAUUCAUUGGAUUGUUACUCGAUAACUACACGCCAAGUACAGUGAUAUUCGUCUUGACAGGCCUUGGUCUGAGUUUUGGAAUACUAGGCAUAAUACCAAAUCUGCAACUACAAUAUGUCACCGCCUUGUUCUUUACUCUUUUGAGGCCGCUAGUUUAUACCACUGGCAAUGAUUACUGUGGUAAAACGUUUGGAUUUGUAACUUUUGGCCGAGUAUACGGAACCAUGAACUUGGCAGCAGGUGGCUUCAAUCUGAUACAAUAUCUGUUAUCAUAUAUUGCUCUUAAUUUCAUGCAUGGGCAGUAUUGGGGAGUGAAUCUAGUAGUAACGAUACUACAAGUAUCUAUGAUUGCCUUUCCCAUAUACUUGCUCUAUCGUCCUACUCCUCAAAAUCGCUGGGAGGUCGAUUAUGAGCCCAUACCCUCCUCUGCCAACGGCAAUGGCAUUCACCAUGCGUGA